AUGACUGAAAAAGAUGAAACCCCCAGUGGUGUUCUCGACCAAGUCUCACAAUCCCGCGAACCAUCUCUCUAUGACCAAAAAGAACUCGAUCGUCUAGGUCGCGAGCGCCCCGCAUGCUUCUCCUCACUAUGGUCUGAGCUGGGCUUUAUCUUUGCCGUCGUGGGGUCAAUGAUGGUCAGCGAAUACUUCGUCUCGGGCUUCAACAUAAUCCUUCCUUCGUUGGCGGUCACGCUUGAGAUACCGGACUCGGUUCGUACGUGGCCUGCUGCUGUUAUCAAUCUUACUACUGCAGUCUUGCUACUUCCUUUUGCACGCUUAUCUGAAAUCCAUGGAGGACGGUUUAUCUUCCUCGGUGGUCAUGCUUGGUUGAUUAUAUGGUCCAUCAUCGGCGGCUUCAGUCAGAAUCCUACUAUGCUCAUCGCCUGCCGAGCCAUGCAGGGCCUAGGACCUUCGGCAUUUCUACCAUCCAGUGUUGCCAUUAUGUCACGCAUCUACCGCCCCGGCCCUCGCAAGAAUCUUGUGUUUAGCAUGUUCGGUGCAUUUUCAUGCAUUGGCUUCUACUCUGGGAUCAUCUUUGGAGCUUUAUCCGCCCAGGUGUUUGGCUGGAAGUGGUACUUUUUCAUUGGUGCUUUCUUCUGCACCAUUAUCUUCAUCACCGGUAUUUUGACUAUCCCGAAGACCCAAGGCGAUCCGCAGCCGGGCUUGAAGAUGGAUUGGCUUGGUACUGCUACAGUUGUCCCGGGUCUUUCACUAGUUGUGUUUGCUCUGACAGACGGCGGCAAUGCGCCUCAGGGUUGGAGAACACCUUAUGUCUAUGUCGCACUCAUUCUGGGAAUUGUCUGCUUGGCACUCUUCGUCUACAUCGAAGGCUGGAGGGCUAGUCAGCCUCUCAUGCCAGCAGAGGUGUUCAAAACAAAGUAUAUGGCUCGACUGGUCUUUGCACUGUUCAUGUGUUACGGCUGUUUCGGAUUGUGGUUGUUUUUCGCCAGUUUUCAUAUCGAAUCGGUCUUGCACAUCGGACCUCUGCUCACUGCCGCCUGGUUUAUUCCGCUCGCUGCUGGUGGCUUCAUCCUGGCAAUUGUUGGCGGAUUUGUUCUUCAUCUCAUUAGUGGCCGACUACUGUUGAUUAUUUCUGGCCUGGGUUUUCUCGGAUCAAAUAUCCUGUUUGCCCUCAUUCCUGACAGCGGGCGAUCAAACACUUUCCUAUACUGGGCAUUCAUCUUUCCGGCCAUGCUCCUAGCUACAAUCGGAGUUGAUAUUGCAUUUAGCGUUACGAACGUUUUUAUCACGACGUCUCUGCCCAGUCAUCUCCAAGCUGUAGCAGGUGCCCUGAUCACCAGUUUACUCUAUCUCGGCAUGGCCUUUUGGUUGGGUGUUGGCGAGAUGGCAGUCUCUGUGCAUAAAGAUAUCCGUGGAGCAGAAAAUGUCAGUGCGCGGAGUCAAUAUCAGAUUGGGUUCUGGACUGGUGCUGGGCUUGCCGUGGUCUCUUUGCUUAUUUUUGUCACGAUCAAGAUGGAGUCGGCAAAGGCUGAUCUCACUGCAGAUGAGAAGGCUCAAAGGGAGCGGGAUAGGAUUACUCAAUAG